GAGGCAAAGUCAUGGCAGUGCCAGGUGGGUCUAAGUCAGGUGGUUCAAAGAGGUCAGAAGAAAGGAAAGCACGGAAAUAUGCGGAAGAAGGAGUGCGGAUGUACCAGAUGGGCCGAAAUCGCUUUGAGCCGAAACUUCUUCUGCGAGCCAAGGAGCUCUUGGCAGCCUCUGUAGCUCUACACCCAUCGGCGGCUAGCUUCUUCUACUUGGGGAAUACGUUGAACCUACUUGCAAGACCAAAAACAGCUACCCGUGCAUACCUGGAGUGUCUUCGUUUGAACCCUGCCUCUUCUGCUGCCCAUCAGAACGUUGCACAGGUCUUCGAUGACUUGGGCAACCGAACAGCAGCCUUGGCGCACUAUCAGCACUGGGUGGACUUGGAGCCAAGGUCUGCGAAAGCCAAAAAGGGUCUGGCACUGUCAUACUUGUGGGCACAUACGGACCGUCUUCAAGACGGAAGUCGGCUAUGCGAUGAGUUGCUGGUGUUGCUCCUGCCACCUAGUCAGGAGGCCACUGCACAGCAGGAUUUCUGCACUCGUGACAGCUUUGAGGAAUGUGGUGAUCCAAGCAGCUCACACUGGAUGACUCACAUCGAACCGAAAUUUCGAAGGGCGCAGGAAGCUGCUUUUAGAUCUUGGCGUGGAGGGCCUGUGGCCUUGCCUUUCAACAGUAAGGACGCAGUGACAUGGGCCGACUCACCAACCAGGUGUACCCAGGGAGUGGCAGUUCGAGAUCCCCUCCAAGUGGCUGAGAUUCAGGCUGUGCAUGAGCUCUCGACAGGUGGCUCGGUGUAUGGCCAGAGGAUACCUGUGACCUUUGGCGGCCCAUUUUCUUGGGCUGGACAACGAUACAUUGAGCGCAGCGUCCGAUUAUCCACCUUGACUGACGUGAUGAUCAGCGGGAAUGAGGGUGUCGUGACAAAAGGUUGCCAGAUUCUGGUGCCCUACUAUGACAAGCAGGUGCCAUGGCACGAGAACCUUCCACAUCCGGCACAUCCAAAAGAGGAGGUGAAAUGGCUUCCUGUGGCGUUGUGGCUACUGGUGAUGUUUCCAGCGAAUUUCUUCAGCUUUUUGGUCGAUGAGUUGGCGCGAUUGGCCGUGUGGUUAACUGUCAGCAAGCAGCGUGUGCCUCUACUGGCUCGCCUCUUGACCGGGCAUGGUACAGCAGAAACCUUUCAGCUUUCAAAGCUCCAAGGUGCCUGCAGAUCGGGGGUGCGACCGCACUUCAUGGGCCCGGAACGGGUUGCUGAACCACGGUUUCUGGUGCGCGAGCUUCACAUGGUGGAUUGGCAUGAUGCGCCUGAAUCAGCAAAGAGAGAAGAUGUCUUCCUCCUGCCGCCACGCUGGGCGCUCCAAAACUUGCGCAGACUUGCAGUUGGUCAAGCAUUGGGGUUUCAAGAAACAGGAAAUCAAGAAGAAGGAUCUCCAAGAUCUCGAAAUCACACUCUGCUUUGGAUCCAACGCGCAACCGCAACGACUCGGCGAGUGGCCAAUGAAGAAGCCCUGUUGCAUGCCAUGAUGGCAGAGAUGGGGUCAGGUUGGCAGCUGAAGGUCUUUUCGGACAUUCCACCAGCGCCAACUGCUCAUGAGGCUUUGCAUCUCUUCCGCUCUGCAGACCUGGUGGUGGGGCUGUAUCAUGGCAGUGAAAUCCAGAGGGCGUACUAUCAAGUCUUUUUGGAAGUGCUUCCGGCAGGCAAGGAUCUGUCAAACAAGCAAGUGGACGACUUCAUGAAUGAGUUCGACGCAGACAAGAGUGGAACAAUUGGUUUGAAUGAGCUUCAUGCUUUUCUACGCUUUUACGAUUCGUCCUCCAAGACCAUGCGGAGGAAGACGGCACUUUUGGUGAUUGAUGUCCAGAACGACUUCAUUUCUGGUACGCUGGCCGUGCAGACAUCUGAAGGCAUCGUUCCCACCAUUAACCAGAUGCGAGAUCAGUUCGAUUGUGUCGUGAUUUCAUAUGACUGGCAUCCACAUGAGCAUUGCUCAUUCGUUGAGAGUGCCAAUGCCGGGAAAGUGGCAAUGAAAGAAACUGAGAGUGUUGGCAAGCUCAAAGCGUUCACUCAGGUGACCCUGCUGGGUGAUGCAGAUCGCGCAGAACAUCCACAAAUGCUGUAUCCCCGCCAUGCUGUUCAGAACACGUGGGGCGGUGAAUGCCACAAAGAUCUGGUGGUGAAACCCGAAGAUAUGUCCGUGUACAAGGGAAAGAAGGCCAACAUCGAUUCCUAUUCCGCUUUUUUCGACAACUGCAAAGCCAAUGACACUGGCCUGACGAAGCAGCUUGAAGACGCUGGAGUCACCGAUGUCUAUUGUUGUGGCUUGGUCUUCGACAUAUGUGUCAAGUCGUCUGCGCUCCAUGGAGCGGAGAUGGGCUUCCGCGUGUCUGUGAUCGAAGAUGCCUGCAAACCUCUGAGUGAAAGCGAGGUGCUGCCAACGAAGAAAGUCCUGAACGAGGCUGGCGUGAGGGUGCUGACCUCAGCCCAAGCCGUGGCAGAGGUGAAGCAGAUUAAAGCUGCUGGGAAUAUGGCUUUGGGGGACUUCAUUCAACAAGUGGCACAUCACAAAAAUGCGGCCAUGCUUCACAAAGUCGAAGCAUUGUCAUCGCACUGUCUUCGCGGCAGGCCCAGGGUGGCAGAGAUUCGAGGCUUCGCCCUGGACUUCAAAUACAGAUUGGUGCCUGGGCAAGGUGACAGGAUGCAGAACAUGGUGGCGCUGCGGUCGAUCUCUGUUUCUGAGGUGAUGCUUCGCGGGAUUGGAUUGCACCAAUCGGUGAACAUCACCGUGCCCAUCGACGACGUACUCGAAGCCCUCAG